AUGAAAAAUUAUACAGCAAUAACAACAUUCAUCUUGGUGGGACUAACUGAUGACCCAAUUCUACAGAUUUUGCUUUUUAUCUUUUUGUUCCUAACAUACAUGCUGAGUGUUGUUGGGAAUCUGACUAUCAUCACUCUCACUUUGGUGGAUUCUCACCUUAAAACACCCAUGUAUUUUUUCCUCCGGAACUUCUCCAUUUUAGAAGUCUCAUUUACAACUGUCUGUAUUCCCAGAUUCCUCUACACAAUGGCAUCUGGGGACAAUACAGUCACUUAUAAUGCAUGUGCCACUCAACUAUUUUUUGUUGUCGUCCUGGGUGUAACCGAGUUUUUUCUCCUGACAGCAAUGUCCUAUGACCGUUAUGUAGCCAUCUGCAAGCCCCUGCAUUACACAACCAUCAUGAACAACAGAGUCUGUAUUAAAUUCCUUAUUGGCUGCUGUGCGAUUGCUCUAAUCAUUGUCAUCCCACCAUUUGGCAUGGGCUUUGACCUCGAGUUUUGUGACUCCAAUGUCAUAGAUCACUUUGGCUGUGAUGCUGCCCCCAUCCUGAAGAUCACCUGCUCUGAUACAGAGUUCCUAGAACGUUUUGUAUUAAUUCUGGCCGUGUUGACCCUCCUUUUCACCUUGAUGUGUGUGAUUAUGUCCUACAUAUACAUUAUCAAAACUAUUCUCAAAUUCCCUUCUGCCCAGCAACGGAAAAAGGCUUUUUCUACUUGUUCUUCCCAUAUAAUUGUCGUUUCUAUCACAUAUGGAAGCUGCAUCUUCAUCUAUGUUAAACCAUCUGCAAAAGAAGGGGUAGCUAUUAAUAAGGUGGUGUCUGUGCUUACAACCUCAGUUGCUCCAGUAAUGAAUCCCUUCAUUUACACUCUCAGGAACAAGCAAGUGGUUCAAGCUUUUAAAGACUUGCUCAAAAGAGUUGCAUCCAUCUCAAAGAACUAA